GGGAGACGACGACGAGGAGGAGGAAGAGGUGGCCGGCGAGGGCUGAGGAGGCGGCGGCACCAUGAAGUUCGCCGAGCACCUCUCCGCGCACAUCACCCCGGAGUGGCGGAAGCAGUACAUCCAGUAUGAGGCUUUUAAGGAGAUGCUGUAUGCAGCUCAGGACCAGGCCCCUUCCAUAGAAGUCACAGAUGAAGACACAGUGAAGAGAUAUUUUGCCAAGUUUGAAGAGAAAUUCUUCCAAACCUGUGAGAAGGAACUUGCCAAAAUCAACACUUUUUAUUCAGAAAAGCUUGCAGAAGCUCAGCGCAGAUUUGCUACAUUACAAAAUGAGUUGCAGUCAACUUUGGAUGCGCAGAAAGAAUGCAGCGCUCUUACCACACUGCGGCAGCGUAAAAAGCCGGUCUUCCACCUGUCCCAUGAGGAGCGUGUUCAGCAUAGGAACAUCAGAGACCUGAAACUGGCCUUCAGUGAGUUCUACCUCAGCCUCAUCCUGCUGCAGAACUAUCAGAAUCUGAAUUUCACAGGUUUCCGUAAGAUCCUGAAGAAACAUGACAAGAUACUGGAGACCCCCCGAGGCGCAGACUGGAGAGUGGCACAUGUUGAAGUGGCCCCGUUCUAUACGUGCAAGAAAAUCAAUCAGCUCAUCUCUGAAACGGAGACGGUGGUAACUAACGAGUUGGAAGAUGGAGACCGACAGAAAGCCAUGAAGCGUUUACGUGUCCCGCCACUGGGAGCAGCUCAGCCUGCACCAGCAUGGACUACCUUCAGAGUUGGGCUGUUCUGUGGAAUAGUCAUUGUGCUGAAUGUUACCCUCAUACUUUCAGGCGUGUUUAGGGCGAAUUUACCAAACGUGUGGCCACUCAUAAGAAUCUAUCGAGGUGGUUUUCUCCUGAUAGAAUUCCUCUUUCUCCUUGGCAUAAACACCUACGGCUGGAGGCAGGCUGGAGUGAAUCAUGUCCUCAUCUUUGAACUCAAUCCUCGCAGUAACUUGUCCCACCAGCAUCUUUUUGAGAUUGCUGGAUUCCUUGGGACAUUGUGGUGCCUGAGCCUACUGGCAUGUAUAUAUGGUACAACCACCCCUAUUUUAAUGCAGGUGAACCCACUUAUCCUGUAUGGAUUCAUGUUGCUGUUUCUCAUUAAUCCCACCAAAACCCUCUACUACAAGUCCCGUUUUUGGCUGCUCAAACUUUUGUUCCGGGUGUUCACAGCCCCUUUCCAUAAGGUGGGCUUUGCGGAUUUCUGGCUGGCAGAUCAGCUCAACAGUCUGGCCGUGAUCCUGAUGGACCUGGAAUACAUGAUCUGUUUUUACAGCUUUGAGUUCAACUGGGGGCAAACAUGGGCAGAGCCAGGUGCUAAGAUUUGCAAUUCUUAUGCCUAUGGGGUGCGAGCAGUUGUUCAGUGCAUUCCUGCUUGGCUGAGGUUCGUCCAGUGCCUGCGCCGAUACCGUGACACCAAACGGGCCUUUCCCCACCUGGUCAACGCUGGCAAAUAUUCUACCACCUUCUUCAUGGUGACGUUUGCAGCCCUUUACAGCACUCACAAAGAUCAAAAACACAUCGACCAGCGAGUGUUCUUCUACCUGUGGAUCGUCUGCUAUUUUAUCAGCUCCUGCUACACUCUUAUUUGGGACUUGAAGAUGGACUGGGGUCUUUUUGACAAGAACGCUGGUGAAAACACCUUCUUGAGGGAGGAGAUUGUCUACCCACAAAAAGCCUACUACUACUGUGCCAUUGUUGAGGACGUGAUACUGCGUUUCGCAUGGACUAUCCAGGUCUCCAUUACCACUAUGGGCCUCUCCCCACAUGCCUCAGACAUCGUUACGACUGUUUUUGCACCACUUGAAGUUUUCAGGCGGUUUGUGUGGAAUUUCUUCCGACUGGAGAAUGAGCACCUGAACAACUGUGGCGAGUUCCGUGCCGUCCGGGACAUUUCAGUGGCGCCACUGAAUGCGGACGAUCAGACUCUGCUCGAACAGAUGAUGGACCAGGAGGAUGGCGUCCGAAACCGCCAGAAAAAUCGGGCGUGGAAGCGUAGCCAGAGCGUGUCCUUACAUCGACCCCGUCUUGCUUCACAGUCCAAGGCUCGAGACACCAAGGUGUUAAUAGAAGACACAGACGAUGAGGCAAACACAUGAACCGUCUGCAGAGCCUAGUUCCACCUCCCUUGUUCUCUCUUGCUUUACUACCCUCCCCCUCAACCAAUCCAACCUCUGGUACAGUUCCAGCUGAACACAGGAGAAAAAUCUGAAUACACUUUCUGAGCUCCUCCGGACUGGAUCCUAUGGACUCCAACAAGCUCACUGUGUUUUCUUUUAUUUUUUUCUUCUGGUUUUUUAAAUUUGAUUUCUUUGGUUGUUGUUGGGAGUUUUUUUUUUCCAGUUUAAAAAAAACAAAAAACUUUGUUUUUGCCAAUCAGAGGGACAUUUAAGGAAGGAACUGUCUUAAAGAUCGUUUACAAUCUCUACAAAGGACAAAUUAUCUGGAUGAAGAACAGGUGUCGUCGUCAUAGGGACUCCCUAACGGGACUUUGCCGAGAACUCAACUCGGUCUCUGCUCAGUCCAGUUUUGACUGGUUGAAACUGGACCUGCAUUUUUAACUCUGGCUCGUUCUUUCUCUCUCUCUUUCUCUCUCUCUUACUCUCUCCUUUUUUUUGUUGGUUUUCUUCAUAUCUAGCGCCAAGGCACUUGCUGCACUUGCCGGAAAAGUGCACUUAGAGCAGUACCUUCAUUCACGAAGCUACUUUUUAAUUUGAUGUAAAACUUUUCUUAAAUAACCUUUUUUGGAAAAAAAAAAUACGACGUUAUCUGUUGCACAUAGUUUUCACCGUUAUUUAUGAUUGUCGACAACCAGUUCAAGAAAGGUUUGAAGUCCUGUGCGAUGAAGGCGAUAACUCUCUAAAGACCAGGCAGGCGGUGGGUGGAGGAAGGGGGGGGGGGGAAAGGAGAUGUGAAUCCCGCAUCCACUCUUGUGAGGUUGAGCCCUUUAAAAUACCUUUCUCAGAUGAGAGCACUUGCACUGGUUUGACCUGGCAUAUUAUUUUCCUUUUAUUUUUAAGCCAAAGUUUCUCUGAUGGGUUUUUACUUGCUGCUGCUUGUCCUCCAGAAACCCAGGCCCUUUUUUUAGCCAGAUCAUCCUCGUCUUUGUCUCUUUCUCCUCUCUCUCUUUUCUCUCUCUUUUUGUAACGUGGCUGUGCAGAAACAAUACCAAUGACCUUUUUUAGAUUCACUGGCUUAGAAAGGUUAGUUACAGCUAAAGCCCUGUAUGGCCCUCCAAAUAAUAAUAAUAAUAAUUAAAAAAGAGCCUUAGUUUGAUGGUUGAGAAUGACUUUCGUUCUAACGAGCUGAGUCUCUUAGGGCAUCGUCCAUCCCAUGUGUUUUAGACAGGGAGCUCUACUGCGUUGUUCCGUUCACUUCAGCAAGAUCAUCGAUGGGGGGAAAAACUCGGAAGCAAGUGAGGGAACGGGGCUGCCUUGCUUUGGAGGUAUUAGGCGAUGUGUACAGGGGGUCAGGCGGACCCCUCCAGAGUUUGUUGCUUAGAUACGUUAGACUUUACAAAGACUGAGGAAGUUGGUAUUGCAAUAGAAAGGGCUUUUUAACUGUUUUUUUUAAAUAAAGAAAAACAAAAAACAAAGAAAAAAGAAAAAACUCUUUUUGCCUGGACUUUGGCAAAGACUUGUCUGACAAUCACUGGCCAAGGACAUCCUCAGGUUAACUUUUGUUUCAUUUUUUUUUUAACCUAUCUCCUUCCACCCCUACCCCGGAUCCUAAUUUUCCAGUUCAGUGCUAGGUCUGUCUUUUACGAGCAUGAAGGCCGAGGCUUCUAAUUGGUAGGCAAUGACUGUACAGUUUUAGCAAAUUCAGUAGGGAAAAAAAGUGGCACUUAAAAAAAAAAAUCAGAGCCUGUAGGAUAGAACAGCAGCAUGAAUGUUGAAGGUGCCCUACCCCUCCCCCGACCCCCCACUCACCCUGCCUAGUCACAAGCCUGCGUUGUGUAUGCUAAGCGUUUGUGCUUAACGUUAGCAAAUGAAAUCUUUUUUUGUGCUCUAUUACACAGUCUGUGUGUGUAUGUGUGUGAAUUUAACACCAUAUACUGGGGGGAACUGCUUCAGGUUUCCUUAGCUCUAUCUCUAAUCUGGGAUUUGCUUUUUGCGGCAAGGCCUGCGGUGUGUCAUCUUUUUUUAAAAGCCUUUUUUAGAAGGUCGCAGUUUGUUGCUGGUUCCUUUCUCUCGAGGAAUCCUCUUGGGUAUGCCAUCAGAGGCACCCUUUUAAACAAAGAGGACUCUUCUUCCCCUUGUCCUUAUAAUUGGUUCCCUACUCAAUUAGUUAUUCCCCACUUGUCUUUGCAGGCCAUUUUCAAGAUUUAUUCUAUGGGGCUGGUGUGUGUAUAUAUGUAUAUUUAUUUCUUCAGCAGUAUGCAUUAUGUGCUUCUAGCCCAGAGGAACUGAAGAAGAUCUACCUUGAUUUUAUUUUGAACAAAAGCAAAAGAAUGCAAAAAAGCUAGAAGAGUGACUGCAGGCCGAGGCCUCUUCUUAGACAAGAGAGUCAGAAAGUGAAUGCUUGGACUCGUAACACGUUAUAUAGUCCGUCAGGAGAUUGUACACCACUGUUCUGUCACUCUGCUCCAACCACUGAGAUUCUGACACUGUGGAAAGAUGAUGGCGUAUUAUUGAUUGUUGGAAGUUAAUGAGAUAUGUCCUUUCUGUCCAGAGCCACUUAGUAUUCCUGAGUAUUCCAAUAUCGGAAUAACGGACUGACUGAGAAUCCUGCAUAUCUGUCCCUUUUGGAUCCCCCUGCAUAUCCCUCCUUACUUGAUCCCACGAGAGCUGUGCAUUUUUAUUUAUUUUUUUGCUUGGACAACACUUGCAGCAUAAAGUCUGCAACAAAGAGACCUUUUUCUGGGUGAGGGUUGCUUUGUGCCCCGUUCUUAGGUUCUGAGGUUCUGUUUUUUUAACUCAUGAAGUUGCAAGUGUUUGCAAGCAGUUUUCUGGUUGGUAACAAAUGGAUAGUUGACUUCUGACAAAUAAACAGCAUCCACUUGUAAAUUUAA